AACAGCUGUUUGCUGAACGCUCGGGUCAACAACAACAAAAAACAAACUAAAUGUCAUAUCAACUUACUUGAAAUUCGCAAAAUUUAUUCUAAUUUGAAUUAAAACCGACGUUGUCCAUAGUCACUGUUGAGACAUAAAAAUUGUCCGUUAAUUUGGACGUUGCUUCAGGUCUAGAAUGGAUAUGGAUAUGGAAGAUGUUAAACCAUCCUUCAGCACAUCACACAUCUUCGAUGCACUGGACACCGAAUCCGAGACAUUACCAAUGAAGAUGGGAGAAAUUUUCCGGAACAACAAGGAGCAAUAUUCAUUCAUGUGUUAUAGCUGUGGCCUAGUAUUCGAAGACUUUGGCGAAAUAAUCAAUCAUUGCGAGGGCCACUAUCCAGAUGAAAAGUAUGAUGUGACCGUGCGACCAUCAGAGUUCGUUUGUGCAGAAAUUGAAAGCGAAAUUGCAGUUUUCAAUUCGAAUGCGUCUUUACCUGACCUCACGCUAACAGAACCAACGGAAUCUGCAGGCCUAAUCGAACAUUCUUCAGAUGCGCUGCAACCACAAAAACGGAAGCGAAAACGCAAACAAACGGAUGUGAAAUAUCUCAAACCAGACAUACCACAAAAUUGUCCCAUAUGCGAAGAGUGGUGCGAUGACUACCGUAAUCACAUCAGAAAUGUGCACAAUUUCAACUACACAGUCUUUCAAUGUUACAUGUGCAAGAAGUUCUUCAAAAGUUCCACGAGGCUAAGUAGUCAUAUGUCUGCAUGGAAUCAUACCACAAACCAUUGCUACCACUGUGAAAUGGAGCCACCGAUAAAACAUCCAUCGGAACCCAGACGACACAAGUGUCAGUUUUGUAAGGAAUGGUUUCUGAAUCAUGUGGAAUUUAAGGCUCAUUUCAAAGACGCACACAACGAGGACGCUGACUUUUUCUUUCACAAGCGGAAAAAUUGCAACUGCUUCACUUGUUACAUAUGCGAACGGGAAUUUCCAUUGCGAUACUAUCUGGUCGCCCACAUGAGAACUCACUACGACAAGUUUCUACGUCACCAAUGCCCGACGUGUGGUCGUCGAUUAAGAACGUACGGCCAACUCACGCAACAUUUAAAAACGCACGAGGGUAAGACCUUCGCUUGCGAUCAAUGUGAUAAGCAAUUUCCGUAUUAUGCGAAAUUGCGCUUGCAUCGUGCUUCACACAUAACGGAACUGAAUUUCAUGUGCGACGAGUGUCCGAAGGCAUUCAAGAAGCGGAGCUACUUGAAACGACACAAAGCGGUGCAUACCAACGAAAGAAGAUAUCGUUGCAAAUUUUGCGAAUCGUCAUUCAACUUUACGUCUGCACGUCGAGCACAUGAGAAAAGUCAGCAUGGAGCUCUGUGAAUUGGAAAUUCGAAUGUUUUCAUGACGUACACACACAAAAGCAGUAUUUAUACCUUAGGAUCAUUGUAGCGGUCAUUUUGAAAGAUAAUUUGAAUGGUCGAAUAGAUAUAAAUAAAUGUAUAG